CCGCGUGCAGUUACAUUUAUUGGUGUAAUUGAAAUUCUAAUGUGAUAAUCCACAAAAAUGUGUACUAUUGGGGAGGAUGAUUUCGGAGAUGAAGGAGCGGCGCAUGCUAUGGUACCCGAGUCAUCGGACUCCGGGCCAAUCAUGGGAGGAACCUGCACCAAGUGUGGUGUUGAAUCCGAGUUUGUUUACCAAUUGAAAUUUCGCACUGCCGAGUGUAAAGGAUGCUUUCUUAGCUACGCCCGCCAUAAAUUUCGUGCAAAUUUGGGUGCAUCCAAGGCAUUGCCAAAAAAUGCUGAAGUACUGCUGGUGGUGGAUGGAAGUGCUGAGUCUUUGGUGCUGCUCGAUAUGUUGCAUUAUGCGCAGACACAAAACACUUUUAAGCGUUUGCAUUGUAACGCACGUGUACUCAUUAUAGAUGAGCGGGCAUUGCGGGAACAACCGGAUGAUGAUAAAUCCUUGUUUGCGAUUCUUCAAGAACUGCGUAUUCGUUAUAUACCAUUUGAAUUUUAUGUGAUACAGCUGGGAUCAAGUUUAAACGAUCUGCAAAAGUUGGACGAGUACGUCCCAAAGUACGGGACAAACGAACUAUGCUCCACACUGGUGAAACUGCGCAGUCUGACAGCACGCCAGGACUACUUACACCAACAACGUAAAAUUUUCAUAGCUUCAGUUGCUCACAAACUAAAUUGUGGUCAUGUAUUCGAGCCUAGCAUUAGCACAACGCUGGCCACACAAUUGUUGACGGCAAUAGCGUUGGGACGAGGCGGCAGUGCUGCUUUGGACGUAGGCCUGCAGGAUGAUCGUUUGCAUAGUGGUGUGAAGCUUCUGCGACCUCUCAAAGAUCUAAACGAGCAGGAAGUGCAAUUUUAUGUAGACGCACAGAAGCUAAAACCUUUUAUGAGCGCUCAACAAUAUGGUGUGAAGUGUGGAAAAGGGGCCAGUCUGCAGAACCUUACACAUGCGUUCGUUGCCAAUCUGCAGCAGAAUUAUGCGUCCACAGUGUCCACGGUGUUUCGCACGGGCGAUAAAAUUGCCCAAAAUCAGCAGCUGCCACAAGCUCUAACAAAACUAGAGUUAGGCAAGUCGGAUGCACCUUCGAUGCCUUUUGUUUGCGUUCACUGUCUAUCCCCUCUAGAUUGUGCGUUGUCGGACACUCUGCUGGCCAUUGAGUACUCGCGAGCAGUUUCUAAAGCGGGCACCAAAUGCUUUGCAGCUGAUGAGUUGGAAACGAAGGCCAAGCAACAAUUAACAGUAGAACGAACACUUUGUCAUGCAUGCCGUAACAUACAGGCAGAGUUUUCGGAUGACAGUAGAUUAUAAAUAACACACAUUAGACACAACAUAUACAAAUUGACUAUAAUUUGGAUAACUUGGCGUUUACAGUUUCCUGUAUU